AUGGAACGCGAGCUGAACCGAAAAGUAAAAGAAAUUCAGGAAAAAGAACGGUCAAGUCAGCUGAAAAUAACGCUAGCGAAUAUGGCGCCUAGAAUAAAUUAUACCAGUCUUUUCAGUAUUAAAUAUGCAGGAAUCAAAAUUAAUAAUUCACAACAUGCUAAGCCAGAAAGCGGAGAAGCCAGCGAGCAGAUGAACCGUGAGAAAGCCAUGCUAAGAGUUAUUUACCAGAAAGAUAACGAUAUCCCAGUGGUUCCUAGAGACCCUGCUCAGCAAAACAAUAAUGCUUUUUACAAUAAUGAUAUCCAAAUUAUACCUUUAUUCAAAGUAAAAACUAAAUAGCCUGGUUCUUACCCUCCUGCGAUAAUUGAUUUAGGUACACAAAUAGGAGGGAAUGAAUAUUUUAAUCCAUAUGUGCAGCCUCCUCCAGCACAGCCAGUUCCUUCUUAUCCUGGAGCGUCGCUGUUUAACAUUCCUUUGCUACCUCCGAUGCCUCCAGCGCCUCCAAGCUCAAUGCCAAAUAUUUCUACACAUAUGAUGCAUCCUCCUAUGAUGCCUCAACCACAGCCUAUGAUGCCUCAGUCACAACCUUUAAUUCCUCAGUCACAACUGAUGAUGCCUCAGGCACAGAUGCCUGGAAGACCUAUGAUGGCACCUAUGUCUGGGCAGCCUACAAUUAUUCCUAUGCAGCCAAUAAUGCCACAAAUGCAGCCGAUUCCUCCUCAGCCAGUUUUUAAUCAAAUGCCAGGAAUGAGCCCUGUAGAUCCAUAUAACUUGUUUUCUUCACAAAAAAGAGUUUUGUUUAAUCCUAUCACUAAAAAACCACAAAAUUACAGAACGGUGCCAUGCAAAAAGUUUCAUUCUGGUGAAGGUUGUGAAAGAGGAGAUAACUGCCAUUUUAUACAUGAUUUUCAAUAUCAAGGCAGGCCAAUCCCGAAUUUUCAAGAAUGGAAGAACUCAAAUCCUGUGAGACAGAAAAAUUUGCAGUCACAGCAAUUUGGACUUGGGGUAGCGACUUAUUAUCCUCCGACUGGAGCUGAGCCUCAUCAUUUUCAAGAUCAGAAAUAA